UUGCUCACAAGGUACAACAUGGAUUGCUCCAUUUUUAUUAUCGUGGUCUGUGUUCUUGGCCGGGCACUGAGCGCCCCUGUUAAGACCUCGCUAUGCAAAAAGAAUAAAGUACAAACGGUUAAACCUCACCACAAUGAUGUCUUCAGUAUGAUCAUGAAUGCCGAUAAAGAGCUCAGCGGUUUUUUUUCCAAUGAGGCUUCUGAUCAUCUGAACAGGAGAAAUAUGGGGAGACUUAAGGGCGCUAUUGAGAGAACUGAAGUACAAACGGUUACACCUGACAGCGGUGAUGACUUCAGUAUGAUCAUGAAUGCCGAUAAAGUACAACCGGUUACACCUGACAGCGGUGAUGACUUCAGUAUGAUCAUGAAUGCUGAUAAAGUACAAACGGUUACACCUGACAGCAGUGAUGACUUCAGUACGAUCAUGAAUGCCGAUAAAGUACAAACGGUUACACCUGACCACAAUGAUGUCUUCAGUAUGAUCAUGAAUGCCGAUAAAGCAAGCAGAGUCCGGCGGGUUCAUGGGGACAUCGCCAUUGGGGUCUCACGCAGCGCCCUGAACUGCACGGAUUGCUUAUGGCAGAAAAUAAAUGGGACCGUGUAUGUGCCGUACACACUGGAUGAACAGUACAGUAACAAUGAAGUCAACACCAUCAUGACGGCCAUGCAAGUGUACGCCACCCUGACCUGCGUGCAGUUUGUCCCUUACACUGAUGAAGAUGAUUAUAUCGCUAUAACAUCAGGCGAUGGCUGUUGGUCCUACAUGGGACGGCAAGGAGGCGCCCAAGUGGUGUCCGUACAGAAAACUUACUGUACUUCCGAGGGGACAACCAUGCACGAACUCAACCAUGCCCUGGGCUUUGUACAUGAGCACUCCAGGAGCGACCGGGAUAACUAUGUUGACAUAAUGUAUCAGUACAUCUCACCAGGUGAUGUUGCCAACUUUGAGAAAAUGAAUACCAACAACCUUAACACAGCGUAUGACUACCACUCUAUUAUGCAUUACGCAGCGUAUUCUUUCAGCAACACAACUGGACAAAACACUAUAGUGGCCAAGCCUGACCCCAAUACACCACUGGGACCGGGAAGCACAAUGACCAGCUUGGAUAUAACAAAGAUUAACCGGCUCUACCAGUGUGAUGUCUGUAGUUAUUUCCUCACUGAUGCCACCGGAACUAUCACCUCAGCCAAUUAUCCAUCUCCUUACCCAAAUAAAGACAAGUGUGUGUGGGUCAUCCAGGCACCGUCCAAUCUGGUAACCCUGACGUUUUCUGCCUUUAAUCUCCAAUCUGCCCCAAACUGUGCCUCUGACUACAUUAGAGUUUAUGAUGGGCGCACCAGAACUUCCCCGCUGCUACUGGACAGAACCUGUGGGUCUAAACGCGUUCCUGCACUGAUCGCCUCGUCAAGUAUGAUGUUAGUGGAGUUUGUCGGUAGUAAAAACCUUAAAGCGACUGGUUUCAGUGCCUCGUACACUACAGCAAUAUGUGGAGGCACUUAUUUCACCCCAUCAAGGAACAUCAUUUCCCCUGGAUACCCAAAGAACUACCCCCCUAAUAGCAACUGUUCCUACAUCAUUACUGCUCCGGCUUCCCAAAAGGUCUCAAUGAGCACAAACAAUUUCUAUACAGAACCAAGCCCCACAUGUAGCAAUGAUUACCUGUCUGUGUAUGAUGGGACUUCCACUAACGCACCCCUCCUGAAGACAUUCUGCGGACACCUGUUCUCCUUUUCAGUCACCUCCACUGGUCAGAACAUGUUCCUCAGGUUCAUCAGUGAUAGCUCAAAGCAAGCGUCCGGCUUUCUGCUGACAUACAGUUUUGGUGGAUAUUGAGUAGCAACGUUAUGAUAAGUCUCUGGCCAACUCCAUGUAACAUUCUGCCACUUUACUGAUCAUCAUCCAUUAUAUUGAAUCCUAAACAUUUCACACAUAGGUGAAUUUUCAAUAAGGCCAGAGGAGGCCAAGCCUCCCCAAACCUUCUUGGCGCAUUAGAAAAAAAAAACUCACUCUGUACUUGACUUUCUAUGUGCAGAUAUUUAACAUCUGAGUAGGUUGGUGCAUUCCUGCAAGCUCCGGUUCUAUUGUAAUCAGCUGCACUCUGAUUGGAUCUUUCUACUUGUGGCUUCUCCAAUCAGAGUGCAGUACUGUUGACAAACAGUGAAAUUAACCAAUCAAGCCACAGAUGUAGGCAGGACUGGGGAGAGGAAGACACUGAAGAAAUAAAUACUGAUAUGGAGGUUCUACAGGCUGUAAACACAUCCCACAGAUACUAUAUUAUAUAUGCUCUAAAAGCCGACUCACCAGCUGAAAUUAAAUAUUUUUUUUUGUAAGCUGGCAUCUGUAAUAUCCUUUUGACCCUUUCUCUAGUCCUAAAUUAACUCUUCCCCCCCUCAAAAUGCUAACUGUUCUUUUAUAUUUCUUUUUUGUUUGUUUUUGCACUUGUAGUGAAUAUCUGCCCCCAGUACCCACUGCAUUUCACUGUAUAUAAUGUGCCGGUUUUGUAAAUACAGACUGCAUCUCAC